CUGUGUGUCCUGAUAAGUGAGAAAUUUUCGGUUCGAUAGCGAUAAAUCGCGGGGACAAAACAAAUCGCGAAGUUAUGAUGAAUCUUGCCGAUCAGGAGGUGCCUGCCGCGACAACGGAAUUGGCGGGCUUACCCGGAAACGGAUUCGGUAGACUGCCCGAGCCGCUUCAGACGGUGACCAGCGAUUAUUGUCCCAGUAACUACCCGGUGUCUCAAGCCGCGAACAAUGAAAAGCUGCAUACCGGGAGCGAGUUGUUCAUGCCGCAAGGCUACAGGCAAGAAACUUGGUUGCAAGAUGGUAGCAGCUCCGAAACCGAGGACAGCGAGCAAUACGUGCCCGAGUUCCAUCAGAUGUCGAGUGCGAACGUGAAGCAAGAGUCGAGCAAUUGCACGAGAAAUGGCGACAACGGCAAUUAUCAUCCCCAGUAUCAGUCUACCUCGGUACCAGUCGCGCACAGUCAGAACAGUGAUUUCCUCGAAAUCAGCUCGGACCGUUGCUUCGGGAAUCGGAAGAUAAACGGACCGGCUAACAAGAGCACGAAGGACGUCGCCGUGAAGGAAGAACCGACGGACCGAAGCUACGUGGAGCCGCUUCCCAUAACGAACAUAUCAUCCGCAACGUCUCAGGAGAACGCGAGCAACCUAAUUUAUCCACAACGUCAACAGCAGCAGUACGGAAACGUGACGAGGGAUCACAGAGGAUCGUCACCACCGUCCAGUCGGCCAGCUAGCGCUUCUUCUUCAACUUCCCAAUGGCAGUCGACCUUCUCCGUUUCCUCCGAGACCUUUCUAUCGCGACAGGAGAAUUGGAAUUCCGAGGCUUAUGCAAAAAGAAGCAGCACGCCGACUUGGACAGAACUCGGCACGCAGCUAGAUCCCAGGAACUCGUCCUGGGAUCGACAGAACGGCUGUUAUCAGAAAAAAGGUUCGCCUGUUUCGCUCUGGAACCCGGAUCACAUCAACAAGAGGCCGUCGUCGGCGACCGGCGUGUCCGCUUGGAGCGAAGUCGGUUAUCAGCAACAGCGACGUGGUUCCCUACAAUUGUGGCAGUUCCUCGUAGCCUUGCUCGAUGACCCCGCGAAUGCGCCUUGCAUCGCGUGGACCGGACGUGGGAUGGAAUUUAAACUAAUCGAGCCGGAAGAGGUGGCACGAAGAUGGGGCGUCCAGAAGAACAGACCGGCUAUGAAUUACGACAAGUUGAGUCGCUCGUUAAGAUACUAUUAUGAGAAAGGCAUAAUGCAGAAGGUCGCUGGCGAGCGAUACGUGUACAAGUUCGUCUGCGAUCCGGAAGCGCUCUUCAACAUGGCGUACGGUACCGGCGCGUCUUCGGGGAUUAGCGGAGAAGUUCCAAGUGGUGUGGUACGGAGCCAUGCGGUGCCCGGGAAAGGAGCGGGCGGGAACGAAGAUUUGAUGAAGCAUCCCGCCGCGGGGUAUAGCGACGCGGUUUUCGCCAUGUACUCGAAUACCGCCGCAGUAUACGGGCCUUCCAGUCUCCAUCAUUUGCAUCAGUACCUCGGCGGUAACGAGGGCUUCAAAACGCCAUCAAGCAGAUAUCACCCCCAUUACUCCCACCAGUACGGCAGCAAUCACCAUCACCAUCAUCAUCAUUCGACUCCGAGUUACACCGAGACCUUCCUGAACUACAGUCGACUGUCGUCGCACGAGACCGCUUUCGAUUCGAAGGCGCAAGAACCACCCCCGAGGGACUCGUAUACCCAGGAAACAGAGAGUACCAGCAGAGAUCGGGAGCCCGAGUCGAUACCCUAUGACAGCGUGCAGAGAUCGCAAUUACCGGCCCCGGCUGUACCGUCGCAAUCCUCGAUACUGGACGGCGCGGCGAGCUCGAAGCUCGAGCAAGCGCCGUACACAUGUUUAGGCGUUGGAAGCUGCGUCUUCAAAAUGGUGAAAACGAAGUCCGCGGAACAGGAGGAGGGAGGCAUGGGCUUCAAGGACAAGCAGAAAGCGCUGGAUACGCUGAAGAUCUUGGACGGUCGCGAUAUCAGUUAUCAAUAUCACGUAAUCACGAGCUUCAUCAGUCGUGCGAAAAGAACGCUCCAGAUCACGCGACACGAAGAGAAGCUGACGAAUCUGCGCGACGCUCUCAAGAUCUUCGAAGAUUGGUUGACGGAUUAUAAGGAGAAUAAUCGAGGAAAGGAGAACCUCGCGUAUCUGCCGAUCGAAACGAUCAGGGCCUUCCGCGGCCUCGCGAAGAAGUACGAUGUGUGGGACGACGGGUUCUUCAGGGCGUACAAGAACAAGAAGGGCGACUACAAGAGCUUGCGCGAUGUAAAAGUUCCCAACGGAGACACCACAUGGGAUAUCGACAGAAACAGGCGCCUGAAGGAGAUCAUCGGCAGGAUCAAGGACGAGCACGUUCAAUGGUACGAGACGGACGUGGGCGAUUUUCGGGGACUACCGACGAAGGAGCACGCGCGAUGCAUCGCGCUCGGUUACAGUCCCGACCCUACGAAGCUAAAGAAGCUGGCGGCUCAGGCGCGCGAAAAAUUCGGCGAAGACAACGACGACGACAUGGACGUCGAGGAGGAACGAAGGGCGGCUAAAAGAGCUCACGAUAACUCGUCGAGCAGCGAGAGCGACAGCGAUUCGGAGAGGAAGCGCGCGAGACGUUCGUCAGAAGCUGAAGAGAACGAGCGGAACGAAAAAACGGAGAGCACGCUGGGUUUUAAGGACAAGGAGAAAGCCUUGCAAAGUAUCAAGUCCUUGAAGGGCAGAGACGUGUCGUAUCAGUUCCACGCGAUCAGCGGGCUGGUGAAGCGAGCCGGAAGGGUGAUAUCGUGCACGAAGGACGAGCAGAAGAUCAAGAACAUACGGGAAGCUAUCGAGGUCUUUGAAAACUGGAUCACCGACUACAACGUGAACGGCCGAUCGAAAGAGAACUUCAAUUAUCUGACGAUCGACAUCGUGCGGGCCUUUAAGCCUUUGGCCGAGCAAUACGGCGUCGAAGACAACGGCUUCCUCAAGGUCUACGAGGAGGUCGACGGCGAUUACAAGAAACUCAGGUCUGUCCGAUUUCCCGAGUCAGACGUCACGUGGGACGUGAAGAGAAACGAACGCUUACGGGAGCUGGUGGAUCGCAUAAAGGAGAAGCACAUUCAAUGGUACAACACGGACGCCGAAUUCCAAGGUUUGCCCACCGCCGAGCAUACUCGAUGUAUCAUGUGGGGCUUCAGCCACGACGUCGCCAAACUGAAGAAGCUCCUGACCACGUUAAGCGAGAAACUUAAAACCGAACCCGCUGACUAAUGUUGCGAUUUAAUAAUUUGGAUUGCCCUUUUGGAUUGCCGCCGAAUCAUCGUCGGUUUGAAAACCGACACGCUUCCGCGAUGACGCAUACGUAACAGAAGUGAGAAAAAGGAGAAAAGAUUUAUCGUCGCGCAUUAUUAUAUUUUAUUGUAUGUUAUACAU